UGAAUUUCAGCGAGUUUGUAAUUAUUUCUUCAAGCAAGGACUACCCACAACAACAAAAUGGCCACGAUUGUGGAAUGUUUGUAAUGAAGUACAUGGAAUCACUGUUCGAGGAAAAUGAAAUAUUGGAAGAGUUUGAUCCUAUUGAAGCGAGACUGGAUUGUGUUGGGAAAAUUGUCACCCACGAGAGUAACAAGGCUAAACAUGCUGUGAUGGAGGGAGUUAAGAAGCAAUUUGGAUUGAGCAAAACCAAAGUUCUUCCAUCAACAUCUACAACUAUAGCAUUACGUAGUCCAUCAAGGUCUCCUCGAGACCCCGAUUCAACGGCGAAGGCCGGAGUCCGAAAACAUGUGGACUGGCAAGAGCAAGUCCCCGAAAACACGUCAUUCUAA